CAGCAUUCGCUUGUACCACUAUAGCAGUGUAGGGAAGUGGAAGGACUUUACACAGGAAGAAAACUUGCAGGUGGUUGGAGAUCUCGAAUGAACGCCAGAGGAGGGGUUUUGCCUUUAUGUUCGGCAAAUACCUGCGAUGACUGAUUCAUCGAAUCGGUUAAUAUUUUGAAGCUUUGAGAAGUUUGCGACGAGCUUUGUGAUGGCCCCGAGCAGCAAAGUCCCGUGUUUCCUGCUUGCUUUAUUUCUGUUGUGCUAUUGCAACCUUGGGCUCUCCAAGAGGAGAAACGCGCUUCUCAUUAUUGCCGACGACGCAGGCUUCGAGACUGAGGUGUACAACAACUCCGCUGUUCACACCCCUAACCUCCGGGCCCUUGCCGAGCGCAGCCUCAUUUUCCGGAACGCCUUCACCUCCGUCAGCAGCUGCUCGCCCAGCCGCUCCGCCAUCCUUACCGGCCUGCCGCAGCACCAAAAUGGGAUGUACGGCCUGCACCAGGAUGUCCAUCAUUUCAACUCUUUCGAUGGAGUCAGAAGCCUUCCCUACCUGCUGGGACAAGCCAACAUCCAAACAGGCAUCAUCGGGAAGAAGCACGUAGGUCCGGGGGAGGUGUACCCCUUCGACUUUGCCUACACAGAGGAGAACGGCUCGGUCCUGCAGGUGGGCCGCAACAUCACACGCAUCAAGCUGCUGGUCAGGAGGUUCCUGCAGGCGCGGCAUCAGGACCAGCAGCCAUUCUUCCUCUACGUGGCUUUCCACGACCCCCACCGCUGCGGCCAUUCCCAGCCGCAGUACGGACCCUUCUGCGAGAAGUUCGGCAAUGGUGACAGCGGAAUGGGCCGCAUCCCCGACUGGACACCUCGGCAUUACACCCCGGAGGAGGUCAAGGUGCCCUAUUUCAUCCCCGACACCCCAGCCGCCCGUGCCGACCUCGCCGCACAAUAUACCACGGUCAGCCGGCUGGACCAAGGAAUCGGCCUGGUGCUGAAGGAGCUGCAGGAGGCCGGGUUCGAGAACGACACGCUGGUCAUGUACAGCUCUGACAACGGCAUUCCCUUCCCCAAUGGCAGGACCAACCUGUACUGGUCGGGCACAGCAGAGCCUAUGCUGCUCUCGUCCCCGGAGCACAGGCAGCGCUGGGGGGGGACCAGCGAGGCCUACGUCAGUCUGCUGGACAUCACGCCCACCAUCCUGGACUGGUUCUCCGUGCCCUAUCCGGCCUACAGCCUGUUCCAGAAGCAGCCGGUGCAGCUGAGUGGGAGGUCCCUGCUGCCAGCGCUGAGCUCGGAGCCGCCCUGGGACACGGUGUUUGCCAGCCAGAGCCUCCACGAGGUCACCAUGUCCUACCCCAUGCGCACCAUCCUGCACGGGUCCUACCGCCUAGUGCACAACCUCAACUACAAGAUGCCCUUCCCGAUAGACCAGGACUUCUACGUGUCGCCCACCUUCCAGGACCUGCUGAAGCGCACGCAGGCGGGGCAGCCCACGGGCUGGUUCAAGACGCUGCGGAGCUAUUACUACCGAGCGCGCUGGGAACUCUACGACGUCCGGGACGACCCGCACGAGACCCGGAACCUGGCCCCGGACCCUGACCACGCCGACACCCUGCGUAAGCUGCAGGAACAGCUUCUCAAAUGGCAGUGGGACACCUCAGACCCCUGGGUGUGUGCUCCAGAUGGGGUGUUAGAGACCAAGCUGAGCCCACAGUGCCAGCCGCUCUUCAAUGACCUGUGACACCCCCCCCCCACCCCCCGCCUAGCCUGUGUUUUUUUUCCCAGCUCAAUUCCAUUUUAUUUGCAUAGCGCAUUCUCACGACAUUACAUUACCUCAAAGCGCUUUACAUUAUCCCUGCCCAAAGCCCCCAGUGAGCAAGCGUGAGGUGACAGUGGCAAGGAAAAAUUCUCCAGUAGGAGGAACCUUGGGAGAAACCAGACCCAAAAGGGGAGCCCCCCCCCCCGAACCCUAACCAGACCCAAAGGGGGAGCCCCCCUCCAGGGUGCGGCAGAGGAAGUCCAAAGUGUUUUUUUUCUUCUGGUGUUUAAAAAAACAGUUUUAUGCUUGACCCAUGUGCCUUUUACAGCGGCUUACCCUGUCCUUCUGAAGUCAAGGGGGGCAGCUGCAUUUAAAAAUCACUCUAUAGUGUAGCACUAUUCCCAUCUUCAAAUAAUAACUCUUCAAAUGGAGAUUUGAAGAAUGACUUUACAUCUAAUUAGCCCCUGAAAUUACAGGAGCUAUUAAGUUGCUUAAGUGAUUAAUCUGAUUUAAAUACUGUCCGUGUUCUAUAAUUUGCGCAAAGCAAACGUGAUGAUAAGGCGUUAAAUUUUGUAUUUUCAUAAACAUCCUCUUCUAAGAUCCGUUUUGUCACGAUUAAAAAAAACCGUUAAAGGUUAAUUAUCUCCUUUUUUGCCAUCGUGUAAAGGUUAGGUAUCUAGAUCCUUAUUUUUAAUCACCCUUCUCAAGUGUCCUUAAUUAAGUUUGUCGGAGCGGAAUUAGACGUAGAUGUGGGCGCCAGACGCCAAUUAAGUGACUGACCUCGCCUUCCUUAGACGAUGCGGGACGCCGGGAUCGCGGGCUCUUAUUUGGGUAUUUAUGAUUAAAUGAUGUUGUUUUGCUGUUGGACAAGAGGUACGGGACACACGUGUAUUCAGUCCUAUGUGUGAUCAGUGUUUAUUCUAAGUGUAUAAAAGCGUCUUUUCUACGCUAAUGCAUUAAGUACUUCCAAGAGCCUUUCUAAAGCAGGUUCCCUAGAAACUGACUGAUGGGCAUUUUAAAUGAUUUUUUAAUCUUUUUUUUCUUUUGACGGGCGUUUCAAAUCUCGCCGCAUUUUAGAUAUCUGUCAUCCCUGCGCAGCCCCCCCCCAGCUGCCUACGGUUUGGGUGCCCAACUUGAUUGUCUUAAAUAUGAUACUCAGUACGCACGUCACACUCAGCUCCAGGUUUCAAAUUCUAAUAAAAAAUGUAUAUUUUAUAUUCGGUUUCUAGAGUACUAUACUUGACACCUUGGGUUCCUGAAAAACGGUAUAAAAAUAUUUGUAUUA